GAAGACACCACCAACUGGGGCCUGAUGAGUGACUUCUAAAACAAUAACCAACUAAAGCCAUUCAAGGUCAACGAAGCCAAGCCGACUAAAGAAGUCGUGUGCGUUCACUGACGAGAAUGUUCUCCAUAUGGUCCAAAUCUCCUAGUUUGUACUUUCUUGAUUAGAAGAAAUCCAACCUCCCCUCCAUGAGAGCGACGUGGGCUAUUCCGUGUGAGAGAGGUCCAGGUGGAAGCGUUCGGCGCAAGAUAGACGGAUUCGGGAAAGCUCGGAGAAGUCACGAUGUGGUCGGCUUUGUUGGCGCUCAGCUUUGCCGCCGUUGCAGUGGCAGGAAGACACGAUGACGACGCUCCGGACCGCCAUGUUGCCAUCGCCAGGGGAAAACUUCUGGCUCCCAGCGUGGUUGGAUGAGGCAUCAAGAAAAUGCCUGAGCUGCAUCACUUUCUGUUGGAGCGCUGGGCAUUGUAUCACAACCUGGAGUAUGAUUCCUCGGAGGAGGUGGACCCCCGACUGGUUUUUUAUAAUGACAAGGAUGAGGUCGUAAAGACGGUGAGGGUGAAGGAAAUGAAGGCGUCGGAGAUAGGCGCCCUGUUGGACUCCUUGGGCUUCUACAAGCGCUCCCAGAAGGGCGAAGAGGUGCCUGACGAGUUCCAGAACUUUCCCCUGCACAGCCGCCGGGACGAGCUGUGACGCCCCCUAACGGCCCGACCCUGCCACUUGCAUCCCGCGCAUGCCAUUGAUGACGAACGGAGCCUCAAGGUGUUCCAGAAAAACAAAAUCCCGGCUCCGUUCUGACGGCUCGCUGGGCCGGAUGCAUUGUGCAGCCGUUCAUCACCUGUCUGCCUCAAUAAAAAUAGAAAAAGAAAGGCAAGAAAAUUCCUGAUUUUGAAUCACACAUACAUUCAGGAGCCAAGAGGAAUCCCCAAAGUUUUUUUUUUUUUAAGUCGAUACAUGAAUAUGCAAGAUGUGGAAUUUCAAAUAAUUCAUUUCAUUUGAAAGA